AUGAUUUUACUUUUAUUUUUUAUCUCAUUUUUAUUAUCUGAGAACACAAUAAAUGGGGCUGCAAUAAUGGGUUUGGGAGGAUCAGAGAAACAAGUUGAAAAUUCGAAUUUGAAUAUUUCUUCUUCUUCUUCACAACAACAACAAUAUCAUCGAUUUGAUCGACUUAUUCUUUCCGUUGGUUAGUUUUUUUUUUCAUAUUUUUUGUGGGAAAAUUGUAAUAUUUCUUUAUCUUUCCACACAUUCCUUUUUACACUGUAUACCACAUGUUUUUGUACCUAUCUAUGAUUAUCAAUCUUUCCACUUUGGAUUUUUUUUUGUUGAAAAAAUGGAACUUUGCCAAAAUUUAUUGAUUACAAGAUUUCAAUUCAAAACUUAUUUAAAAACUACUUUUUUAAUGAAAAGUUUUUUCUUAAAUGUUUCAGAUAUUGAUGAACAUUUUCCAAUAGGGAAUUAUAGAUCUCAAAAACACGAUUCUGAACUUUUUUUGAAAUACAAGCUCAAAAUUUUAGAUCAAUUUUUCAUGAAUAAAAUUAUUUCAUUUUUAAUUGCCACGAAACUAGAAUUCACAGAAGCCUUUACAAAAAUAUUUUUAGAAUCGUAAUUUUCAGAUGCAUAUUUACCCAGUCUGAAAGUUUUGGUUAGUUACAAUAUAAAGGCAGAUUUCGGCUUUUCGCGAAAGCUUACAAUUUCUUCACCAAAAUAAAAAAAUCAAUAAAUAAAAGUUUUGCAAAAAAUAUUCUCAUUGAUGAUUAUCUUUGUUUUUCUCAAUUCAUUUUUAGAACAAGAUUUUUUUCAAAAAAUUAAAACUUCUAAGAACUACAAUCAAUAACAAAACUAAUUGAGGUCAAUUAAAUAGCAGUUUAACCCAAACCUAAAACACAAAUCAAUUCAAUGAAAACAAGUUCAGAACCAAACAAGAAUAACCUUGACAAAAAAUAAAUGGACCUGAACAACAAAAAAUAUAAAUCACACAUGAUUCACACCAAUAUUGAAUUUAUGAUUUUCAGUUCGUAAAUCUGGUCAUCCUGAUAUAAUUCAUCCAACAAUUUGUCCGCCAUCUUGUGAACAUUUACACAAAGCAAUUGAUCAUUUUCAAAACGGCGACAAUAUUUCAUUAACAGGAAGAAUCAAAGAUGAGGUUGGUUUUUUAUUUGAGAAGAUUUUUUUGCACAAAAAUUUAGAGCUGACAAAAAAGUAAAUUAUUUCAGUGUUCUUGUGUUUGUCCAGUUUCUCGACCAGUUUAUUUGAGUUCGGCUGGAAGUUGUGUUAGUAAAUUAUGUAAGUUUUUCGAAAAAAAAUUGGAAGUUUGUCUGAAAAAUUUAUGUUUUUUAUAGAACUCAAGUCCUACAAAAUAGCGUAGCCCCAAACUAUUUUUUUAAAUUUUCUGACAGUUUUCAACUGGGUUACUGUAGGAUAAGGUUUCCAACGUUGCUCAAAUUCAGAGAUUUUGAGAUCAUUUUGAAGAGAUUACUGUACUCUACAUUUUCAAACGAUCAUUGUAGAUUUUUUCAAGAAUCGAUAAAGGUUUUUUUUACUCAUUUAGAUCCUUUUUCUGAACUGGAACUUUAAUUUUUAGGAAUAUCUAGAAAUGUUCUUGUUUAUCUCAAAUUAUUUCCAAAGCUAUUUCUAUACCAGGUUUAGAGUUCAAAAAAAAUUGGAAUAUUUUUAACGUUCAAAAAGCAAGUUUGAAAUGAAAAUGGACCGGGCAUGGUCUUGUUGAAUUGAAAUGUAUUUUUCAUAGAAAUUUUGAGGAUUAAAAUUGUAUGUAAAGUUUACACUAGAAAUGAUAUGAGAUCAGGUUUUUUCAACUUUAUUUUUGUCCUAAAAAUUAAUUACUUUUGAUGAAAACAUCUUAACUUUUCGCAUCAACUUCUGAUAAUCCAAUUUAUUUACAGUACCAACCGAAUGCGAAAGAACAAUUAGCUGGAAAACUUUGCAACCAACCGAAACUACAGUACCCGUUGUUCACCUCCUUCCACAUUCUGUUGUUUUACCAAAUAGUCCAUUGAAUUUUGAAAAAGAAGGAAUUCAUGUAUCACAAAAUGGUCAAGUCAAUUGUACAAUUGGACAAGUUUUCUACGAAAAUGUUCAUCAUCGAUGGAAAACUCCAUUGAGAAAAACAGUGCUAUUUGAAUUGACCGAUUUUGAACAGAAACCUAUUAUUUAUGUGAGUUUUUAUAGUUUUCAAAAAUUAGUUAAUUAUGUAUAUAUUUUUUUUAGUUCCGCGGAACUGAUACCGAUUCAUCAUUUCUUGCCGGUGCUGUCGUACAAAUAAAACUGAGAUGUGAUCGAGAUAAUCAGAUAAACAAAAAUAGUCAACAUUUUUGUAUAUCAUUACGUAUUGCUGGUGUUUCAGGUAAGAAAAAGAUAUCUUCUUUUAUAUAUUGAAUUAAUUAUUUGUAUCGCGGAAAAACAAGAAAAGAACACAUUUAAUAUUAUUAUUAUUAUAAUUAAAAGAGACUGUCGAAAACAAAUGAUAUCAGAAGAAACAAAAACGGGCAAAAAGAGAGGAACACUUUCAAUUUAAUAAUUGACAAGACAACAAACUGGAUUUUUGAUUUUAAAUUUGCAUUUUAAUCUUCCGAUUUUUCAUACAGUUAUUGACAGCAAAGAACGAUUCUUUUUGAUUAUUUUAUAAAUCACAAAUUCUUUAUUUUUUAAUUUCCAAAAACAAAUUUUGACAACAAAGAACAGCAUACAUUUUAUAUUUUUGAACCAGAUGCAUUUGUUAUCCUCUCAAAAAUGUACCAACUUAAAAUUUAUGAAAAUCAUGAACCGAUUAUUGUGGUUUUUGAUAUUGGUGAGUUUUUUCUAAAAAUAGCACAAAACUUUAAAUGAAAGUCUGUAAAUUACUGUACUUUUCAAGUGAUUCCAGAAAUAAGGUCCUCCUAAUAACUUGUGAAUUGUUCCUGUGAGAGAAUUUCCUGAAAGCGUUAAAAAAAGAAAUGGAAAUAGUUCUUUUCAAAAAAACGUAUGUGGAAAAUUUCAAACGUAACCAAAUUUUUAAUCGAAAGUUCUAAAGUUCAUUUCCAAAUAAAAACGAUUUCUCCAGGUUCAAUAGGUGGAAAUGGAAAUCAUGGCUCAAACUCGCUGGAAAACAGUUCCGAAUGGCAAACUGAAUCAAUUCUUCUCAUGAUCUUUGUCUGUUUCAUUGUUACAAUGUUGUUGACCACAUUUUUUGUUUGGAACAUUUGUUGGAAGAUCAAAAAACGGUUUGUCAUCAUUUACAGAAAAAAAAGAUAUUUAUUAAUCUGAAAAAAAUUUGUUUUAGAAAAAUGAUAAGCGAUUUUCAAAUGCAAUUCAUUCAACAAUAUCGUCAACAACAAAAUCCAGAAGUUAUAAAAGUUCCUCGAAAUCAAUUAUCGAUUGAAGAUAUUGAAAUUGAAGAAGGUGGAAAUGGAGAAAAUAAUGGAGGAAGUGGAAGAAGAAGAUUGUAUUUUAGUGCGGAAUAUUUUGAUAGAGAUUUACUCGAAAAUCCACCACCAAUGGCUGAACAAUUUUUGAUGGAUUUGAGAAGAAUGGUUGAUGUGGCAAAAGAUCGAAUAAGGCAAAGAAGAUAUUAUCCAACAUUGGUCAGAAUUGAUGAAGAAAUUGAACAGGAAAAUGAAGAUGGAAAUGAAAAAGAGCGAAAAAUAAAACAACCAAUUAUGGAACAAAAACAAUUAUCUGAAUUGAAACAAGUAAAAGAAGAGGAGGAAGAAGAAGAGGAGGAUUUUAUGAUUCAGUCAACAUCAUCUUCAAAUAAAGAAGAAAGUGAUAGUGGAAGAGAAUCAAAAGAGGAUUCAUCUGAAGAAGAAGAUAAAGAUAAAGACAAACCAAAAAAUGUAUCAGAAAUUCGGAAAAAUUUCGAAAGACCAUCUCAACUUCCAAUUCUUCAUAAUUCUUCGAUGAAAAGACGAAAAAGUGCGCCAAGUGGAACAGUUGCACAAAAACAAAAAGAAUAUGAAAGUAAAUUGAGGCCGCCUACGUCUUAUAGUGGAAGAAGUUUGAAAGAAAGAAAAGGUUAUGCUGUUUAUCCAAAUGAUUGUGUAUUUAAUAAAUCACUUCCAAGGAGGCCGAAGAAAUUAGCACCAACAACGCAGCAAACUGAUAAUAUGUGA